AUUGGCAGCGGCGCACCAUCCUUCAGAAUGACGAGUUGCUAUUGGCCUCGUUGCAGGGAGAUUCGGGGGAAGUGACUGAAGGUAUCCAUGGCGGAAGGUUAAGACAUGGAGGAUUUAAACAUGGAUGACUUGAAUCUACAUUACAGAUUCUUGAAUUGGAGACGGCGAAUCCGUGAGAUCCGGGAAGUGCGAGCGGUGCGCUAUCAGGAGAGAGCCAAGCACAUUGUGGUGGAUGGUGAUACUCUCAGUUACCAGGGAAACUCCGGGGAAGUUGGUUGCUAUGUUGCUCCACGACCAUUGAGCAAAGACAAUAACUACUUUGAGGUGUCCAUUGUGGACCGUGGCGUGCGUGGGACAAUCGCUGUGGGUUUGGUGCCUCAAUAUUAUAGUCUAGACCACCAGCCUGGGUGGCUACCAGAUUCCGUGGCUUACCAUGCAGAUGAUGGCAAGUUGUAUAAUGGGCGAGCAAAGGGAAGGCAGUUUGGAACAAAGUGCAGUUCAGGAGACCGUAUUGGCUGCGGCAUUGAACCCAGCUCCUUCCAUGUACAGACGGCUCAGAUUUUCUUUACCAAGAACGGGAAGAGGGUUGGAAGCACUGUGAUGCCUUUGUCCCCCGACGGUCUUUUUCCAGCAGUUGGAAUGCAUUCGCUUGGUGAAGAAGUACGCCUUCAUCUAAAUGCUGAGCUUAGUAGUGAGGACGAUGACAGCAUAAUGAUGGUGGACAGCUAUGAGGAUGAAUGGGGCAGGCUGCAUGAUGUUCGAGUCUGUGGCACGCUCCUGGAAUAUGUCGGGAAGGGUAAAAGCAUCAUUGAUGUGGGCCUCGCGCAAGCCCGCCGUUCUCUCAGUACACGCAGUCAUUACUUUGAAGUUGAGAUUGUGGACCCUGGUGAGAAGUGUUACAUAGCCCUGGGGCUGGCAAGGAAGGAUUACCCUAAAAACAGGCACCCGGGCUGGAGUCGUGGAUCUGUUGCGUAUCAUGCAGAUGAUGGAAAGAUAUUCCAUGGAAGUGGGGUGGGCGACCCCUUUGGACCAAGGUGCUAUAAAGGAGAUAUCAUGGGCUGUGGAAUCAUGUUUCCAAGGGACUAUAUACUUGACAGUGAAGGGGACAGUGAUGACAGCUGUGAUAUGAAGGAACUGAGGCUGCAACCACGUGGAGUGAGGAAUGUAAUGUAUCUCCGACGGGAGCAGCAGCAUGAAGAUGAUGGUGAGGAAGAGGAGGAGGAGGAGGAAGACGAGGAGGAAAUGGAGAGAGAACACGAGGGCAGAAAAGUAGUGGUUUUUUUCACACGAAAUGGGAAAAUAAUUGGGAAGAAGGAGACGGUGCUGCCCCAAGGAGGAUUCUAUCCAACCAUAGGAAUGCUGAGCAGCGGAGAAAAAGUCAAGGUGGACCUGCAUCCCUUGAGUGGAUGAGGAGACUUGCAUCUCGGUGGAAGAACACACUGCAUCAUUUUGCCAUCUUCCCUUCACGCCAACUCCCUGGUCAUGCACGAUUUGCACGUGGGCUUGUGAUAGUGCUUCUUCGUGUCUGGAAACGUCUCACCGUGCCCUUACUAGUGAGUGAGCGUGGGUUUGGUAUUACACCCCAUGCUUGUAAGUGUUGGCAAAGCAGAAGGCAUGAUGGGACAGGAAACAAGACAGCAGUUCUACAGGUCACUGUGAAGCAGUUGUUGGCAUUAGUCGUGGGGGUUUUCCUUUUUAUGUUCUUGUUGGGAGUCCAUGGUAAGCCUCAAAUACUUUCAAGGCUGGAGUAAGGUGGUGUAGAUGAUGAUGGUUUCUUGAGCUUACUCACAUAUAUAUAUAAAAUACUAAAAUAGUCAUGACCCCGUGGUCUGACUUUGGAUUUGUUGCUUCCUGAAUAAGUCAACUCGGCAAGGUGAGAACACCAAACAUAUAAAACUAAAAA